CCUCCCCUCACCCUCCGAAACACGAACGAAAAAAAAAAGAAAAGGAAGGAAAUGCCCCCGGCAAAAACCAUCCUCAUAAGCGGCUGUUCUGCCCACGGCAUUGGGUCCGCUCUCGCCCUCACUCUCGCCCAAAAAGGUCACCACAUAUAUGCGACCGCGCGCAAUCCUUCCAAGAUCCUAGGGUCCCUCACCUCACUCCCCAACGUGACUCCGCUCCAACUCGACGUGACAUCCACCACAUCCGUGUCGGAGGCUGUCAAGGCGAUUGAAGAUCGCGGAUUAGGAUUGGACGUACUAGUGAACAAUGCGGGGUCGGGGUAUACGAUGCCGCUGCUGGAUGCGGAUCUGGAGAUGGCGCAGCAGGUCUACGAUACGAACGUUUGGGGUGCGUUACGGAUGAUUCAGGGGUUUGCGGAUUUGUUGGUUGCGAGCGGAGGAAGGGUUGUUAAUGUCAGUACCGUUGGGGCAGUGGUGAAUACGCCUUGGAUUGGAAUCUAUUCUUCCUCUAAAUCUUCUCUGACAACCCUUUCCGAGACCCUUCGUCUUGAACUGGCUCCACUGGGCGUCUCCGUCCUGGCUAUCAUGGUGGGCACGGUGACGACCACCUUCCACGCCAACGAACCAGAGGUGAUCCUUCCGCCGACCUCCCGCUACACCGCUAUCCGAGAUACUAUAUCGCGGUGGGCGACGGGCCAAGCCGGUCCUAAGGGCUGUUCGGUAACGGAGUUUGCGGAGUCAAUUGCCGAUGAUGUUCUGGGGGAGAAGGGCGUGGUCUGGAGAGGACCGUACAGUGCUGCGAUGCGGUUUUUGAGUCGGUGGUGCCCGGGGUGGUUACUGGAUCAGAUGAUGAGCAGUGGACAGGGUUUGGAUCAGUUGGCUAAAAGGUAAGGUAGGGCCUAUAGCAUGGAGCAUUUAAGAAAUUCAUCUGAAGCACUGAUCGAGGCAUUUCGUCUUUUGUGUUU